AUGGCACUAGCAACUCAUUCAGUCGACCAACAUGUGUCCCCGCUUUUCUCGCUCGGGGUUGAUGUGUGGUAUAUUGUGCUUGACAUUCUUCGUGAAGAGCCUGAACCGGACGAGGAAGAGGACGAUGAUGAGGACCCUGAUAGUUUCUGGAAACCCAAGAGUAUAGCCCGGAGACUACCUCAUCUUCCGGAUCUCAUAAACAUGAGUAGUACAUGCACAUGGUUUCGGGAUUUGCUUGCUCCCACCAUAUUGGCCAACCUCGAAUUAUACAAUACGGCAAAAAGCGCUCAGUCAAUCACUGCGAUCAGUCGGGGGAAGCAUGCUGCAUGUGUCAAGACGCUGCGCUACAUUGGUAUUUGUGAGACGGAUCAGCAGAGCUCGCCACUGGAGAAGGUGUACCCCCCAGAGGUUGACCGAGUUCUGUCCAAUCUACGCAUGUUCAGUAAUCUUGACAAAAUCGUGAUCGAAUUUCCCUUCGACUACGACGAUGACCUAUUGCUCGACUACUUUCAAAGUGAUAUAUUCUACCCCGAGAACGCUCCAUCUGAGGAGAGUGAAAAUGCCUGGCGCGGACUGAUGGCAGCAAGCCUUCACGCAAUCGUAUCCAAUUACACCCACUCCUCAUCCAGUGGUCAACCACCCCUAUCCAUCGAAUUCCGCGAUCUGAACAUUUUCAUGGUAUCAGUUUUCACAACCGAAGCAUUCCAGUCCUUCCUAUCACAACUUACGACUUUCAAUCUCUCUCUAAGGAGAUGGGAUAACGGCGUUGGCUGGACUAUGAUGACCCAACCCAUCUUCGGCGAUUUCUCACACUACCUAGGGCCCUUCUUCUUCAACCACCUCGCCACCGUGGAAGAAUUCUCCUUCGAUCCCCGGGAAACGGCAUCGCUUGGAAACGGAGGGCAACCGUAUUGCGAGGACAUCGGUCUGAGAAAUGCGACAAUGCCAAGGCUGCGGAAACUUACAUUGAACAACAUUAUCCUCUGUUCUGAGCUGCGCGACUUUCUUGUUCGACACAAGACCACGAUGGAGUCUAUUGCAUUCGAGGACUGUUUUGCAAGUAGCGAGCGGCCAUGGGAAUACGGGCAACCGAUCGCCUGGAGAGAGCUAUUUACCACUCUGGCACAGGAGCCUUUUUCUCAGCUUACAAACUUUCAGCUCACUUGGAAAGAUAGUCAGCUGCAGAUGCUUGACCUUGACGAUAUGUGGGGUGAUCCCGGGUUGGUCCAGCGGGUACGCCAGAAGCUCGAGAGGGAGCCCGACGUAAAAGCAUUCCCAUACUGUGAGGUGGACAGCAAGUAUGGAGCGAGAUAUUGUGCCACGGAGGCCACCCAAACGGCGUUUCUAACGGGAGCGGACUACCAGAGUUAUGUGGAUCUUAUGUCCGUAAUUCAAAGGAAUGGCACGCAUGGUGGCCGAGUACGCAACUACGAACGGCAAGCAAACAUGGGGUGGUUAGGUUGA